CUUUACAUUUUUUUUUAAAGGACACCGUGGCACAUUGCAUGUGUUCGACAAACUGCGCAACACGCGUUGCAUAAUAUAUUUCUUCCCAAAUCGUCAAUAUAAACCGGAAAUUUGUGCGUAAAUAAUUAUCCCAAAUCAAGGACUCAGUGAUUUUAUCCGCAACCAAAAAGUGUCAAAGAGCAAAACAAAACAAAUCAAGAUGGCUUCUGAGGGCCCUACUAUUUUGAUAUAUGUACAAGAGCAGUGCGAUUUGUGUGACGAACCAAUCCUCUUCCAAUGCGGCGAAUGUCGAAUCAAAUUGUGCAGUUCUUGUGCAAACGAACACCAGUUACAUGAGUCGAAACACGACAUCAAACCUUAUGUGAGCGAUAAAAGUAAACUUAAAAGCAUUUCCGUCCUCUGCAAAAUCCAUGUGGACUGGAUGUGUGGGUUAUAUUGCCAAGACUGCGAGGUUCCGGUUUGUGAACAAUGCAUCACAACUGGUCACCAUGGCUACCACGAUCUGAAGAAUACUCAAGAUCUACUUCAAGAAAAAAGAACAAUUAUCAAUCUUGACACGAAAGAAAUGGAAAAUAUUCUAGAAACUCAACUGGUAAAUAUUCAGAAACGCCUGGAUGUCCUUGCUUGUACAAGUCCAUCCAAAUAUGAAGAUCUAGAAGAGGCUGUCCUUCAACAUGGUAAGAAAUGGCAUGAUGCCGUUGAAAAAGUUGUGAAAACGUUUGUUUCUGAGAUUCAAAGAAUGAAAAACGGAGAAAAAGAUAUCCUGAAUAAGUUAACACAAGACAUAGUGAAUCUCAUUUGCAACACCGAAAACAAUAUGAAGUUGAACAAAGAAAUGAUUGAAGCAUUUGAAGCCGAGAAAAUUCUGGGUUACAAAACAAAAUCUGAAGGUAUUCGAAGUAAAAUACCUGAAAUCAAUGUUCCAAACCCUUCAUUUACUGAAUUUGAAGUCACUGAAAGCAAAAUAGUGCAUGAAAAUUUUGGAGUUUUAAAAACUAAGGUGAUGUCCAUUGAUGACGAAAGGAGGAAAUCUAGAGAGAUGGUCCAAACGUAUGUUGAUCAACCAACCGUUCCUAAACUGGUGGAGAAACUGACCCAGCUGAGAACUAUUGAAACUGGCUUAAGUGCAGUGUAUUCCUUGUCGUGCAUGGAAAACAGCGAGUUGUGGGUCCAUGGAACAGACAAUUCGAUCGUGCGAAUCGACAGACGAAACAAGAAAUUAGAACGAAUCAAAACGAUGUCUUUUGACGGAAACGUUGGAAUAACAUUAAACGGAGAAGGAGAACUUGUAUACACGGAUUUUGAAGACAGAAGCGUGAACAUCUUGAAGAAGUCACAGACUCAUGCAGUUAUAAGAUUGUCAGGGUGGAAACCAAGGGACGUUUGUGUGACAAUGGAAGGGGAUUUGCUGGUCAGUAUGAGCAGCGAUGACGAACACAGAGCAAGAGUUGUGAAAUAUAGGGGUACGAAGUCUGUACAAGAGUACCAUCAUGACCUCAAAGGACGGCCAUUGCUUCCCGCGGGAGACACAGCUCUUCACGUAACAGAGAACAAGAAUUGGGACGUCUGUGUGGCGGUUACCUCCGCGCAAGUGGUCGUGGUCUUGAACGGGCUUGGGGCUGUCAGGUUCAAAUACAGCGACAAGUCUGGAAAGAAAGAGUUUCGUCCAAUGGGAUUAGCCACUGAUAGUCAGUGCCAUAUUCUGGUCACCGAUUAUUUCAACAGUCGCGUGCAAGUCAUCGACAAGAAUGGAAAAUUAUUACGUAACAUUGAAGGACACGGUAUUUAUCUGCCAUUGAGUGUCUGUGUCUGCAAUUACGAUACCAUAUACAUCGGUGACAGCACGGGCAAAAUUAAGCAGAUACAGCACUUGAAAUGAAGACUUGUUUUAUGAAAACUUUUGCCAACUAACCAGGCCUGCCGAUCAUUCCACUGUUCUGCAGAUUUUAAUAUCUCCAAGCAAAAAUAUUGAACAAAAUUCAAAUGGCUAAUUUUGAGUUUAUCAACAAAGGAAUGACAGAUAAUAUUAAUAUUACAUCUCCAUAUUGACUUUGAAUCAAGGAAGUCAGACUUGGAUUUAAACCAACACCUGAAAAAGUUUUGCUUCGUUGUCCAUUCCGAUUCAAUGUUUGAUGAUGACUUCAUUGUUAUUUUGGAAACAAAGAGAGUACUUUUUCCGCCAUGCAACUCAGUUUUUUGGUCCAAUGCAAUUGAAGUUUAUUAUUCAAGUUUCACUGUAGUGGAUUUUUUAAAUAUCUGAAAAUGGAUUUCUUGCAUAUAUAAACAGUGUACAUCUGCCAUGAAAUAAAAAGUUGAAUUUUAUGGUAAUAAUAACUUACUUAAGCAAGGUUAUUACCGCUAGAGUCAAAGAAUGACUAAAAAAAUUAUUAACAAAAGAAAUUAUUUUAAUGUAGACAUGAUAAACAAUGAUAAUAAAACAUGUUGUCUUCAAAACUUACGUGUAGUAUUAUUGUAUUAGAACCAUUUUAACAAGAG